UCUUAUGCAAAUCACACACUUCACAUAUGCUUACACACGUUUAUAUAUAUAUAUAUAUAUUACAUGUUUCUAUGCUGUAAUAUGUUGUCCUUUCAUUACAGAACCCAAAAAAAAAAUGUCGAAUCUUCUCUGGAAAAAACUACACCUCUGCUUCUCCUCCUCCUCCGGCGGCCAUCUCACCAGAUCCUCACCGUCCGUUCCUUCAUCAUCCCCCUCCACCAAAACCGAUCACAACCGUCCAUUUCACCGCCGUCAUCAUCAUCAUCACCACACGCCGUCGAUCUUCAUCCACAACUUCAACUUCCUCUACGACCACCUCUCCUCCCCCCACCACCGCCGGAACAGCUUGGGGUGGAAGCCGAGUUCGCGGGUUGCCACCGUGUUCUCGUCGAAGCCGCGGCGGAGGCCGGGCGUGGCCACGGAGGAGGAGGACGGCGGCAACGUGGCUGUUUCGAAGCUGUUGACGGGAGGAGUGGCCGUGAUGAAGCACGUGGAGUCGCCGGAUCCGUACAGAGAUUUCCGGCGGUCGAUGAGGGAGAUGGUGGAGGCGAGGAAUUCUCCGACGACGUUGAGGGACGUUGCCGGCGAUCGUGAAUUCUUGCACGAGUUGCUUUUCUGUUAUCUCUCGUUGAAUCCGAAGCAUACCCACAAGUUCAUCGUCUCUGCUUUCGCCGACACGCUUGCCUCAUUGUUCUCUCCGCCGCCGGGGAAUUCUGGUUGAUACAUACACUCCGGCGACGGAUAUUCAAUUUCUCUCCUUCAAAUUGUGUUGUUUUUAAUUCUAGAUGUAUACAAUGCAUGAAAAAUGCAAUAAUCGAUUCAUUAACACAAAUCUUAGAGCAAGAAUUAUGUCUUAUCUUCUGAUUAUUAUAGAAAUAUGGUAAUCGUUUUGG